AUGAGCCGGGCCAGUGCUAAAGGAGGGGCCAAGCGCCGUAAGAACAAGCGGGGUGGUGGAGGCGGGGACCACAGGGCCAUAAGCAGUGGCAGGGGCAGCCCAACUGCCAUGCUGGGCAGCUCCCAGGACACUGUCGUUGGAGUCCCAGGUGCCACAAUGGCGGCAAACAGACCCCUCGGCGUGAGCGAGCCUGUGGGCAGCGCCGCUUCUGGAGGCUACUUGGAGACUUCCUUUAACUUUGGGGACACUCGAAGAACUCCACCUUCCGCCACUGUUGAUUACUGUGUUCUGUGCAGAACCGAGCGUAAAGAUUCUUCUUCCCUAGAGAGUGGGAUUAAGGUUGCGAGGAAAUUGGGCCUUUUCAUGGCUCCCAUGGGCAACAGUGAGCCAUACCAGACUCUGUGGGUGUGUCUGCACUGCCAGUGGACCUUAGAGAAGUUGGGGAUUUAUCGCGGCUCAGACCAGUCAGCACCGGGCCAUGACGACCCUGACCAAGGCCCUCGUAGUGAAUCCCCGGAAGGGGCAAGUGGCGGGAGGCUGCCCCGACCCUCAGAGACCCCACGUUCCGUUGAGGUCUGCAAGGAGCCCAGAGCGAUCUCCCCAGAGUUAGACCCCGAGUCGCAGCAGCUGCAGGACUACUGGGCGGAAGUGCGCUACCUUGUCCGCGGCAUAUACCGCCAGGCAGGGACCACGCUGAUGCCCGACAAAGAGUGGGUGAAGGAGCUCAUAGAUAGACUCUGUAAGUCAGACCCCUCCCAGCUAUACCAGCGGUUGGAUCAACAAGCACGAGAUUACCUGCUGGAGAUGAAGAUCGGCCUCCUGCGACGGCUGUCAACCUCAUCCGGAGUGCCAUCCUGCCUGCAGAAUCCUGUGCAAGCCUACCAUUUCAUCUCCCUGCUCCUCAAGGAGUAUGGCACCUUCUGCCAGGCGGCACGCACCAUCAGCACCUUCCUCACCACUCUAGAAAAUAAACACUUGACUGUGUUCCAGGUGACAUGGGAACUGCAUAAUAAACAUCUGUUUGAAAAUCUGGUUUUUUCAGAGCUCCUUCUACAGAGCAACUUGCCAGCACUGGUGAUGCAAAUCAGGCUGGGAACUACAUUGCAAGACACCUGCAGCAGCGACUUAUACAGCGCCUUGCUGCAACAGUACCAGUACUUUGAGGAAGAGAUGCACAGUGUUGCCAAGGAGUGGUUGGAGUGCCAGAAGCGGGUCACUGUCUACAUCAAGGAGAAGUUAACCGUUAGGAGAGUGGGCGCUGGUGAGAAUUUGACCAGUGCCAUGAGGCAUGUGCUGUCAUCACCUGAUCGCAGCUCACACAUCCUUAUUGGUAGCAUCAUGGACCCUCCCACCCCCAGCAACACCCACGUCUGCCAGCUGCCACACCAAACGGGUUCUUCUGCUCCUGACCGUCUCUCUGAGAGUCACCUGCCCAGCAUGUCAUUAGCAAGCUUGGGGUCAGGUUCCAGCUCUCCCAUUCCAAUCCAGCAGCAGCCCAGACUCACCCACACAGACAAUGUAUCUACACCAACUACUUGCAGUGAUGAUGAUGUGGCUUCAUUGUCAGCUAAAUUUGCUGAAAUGUAUCCAUCGGAUGACAACAAUACCGAGGUAGUGAAGAAGAGGUCUGAUGCCCGGGGGGAACCUGCCGGCUUCUUCAUCAGCAGUUCGAUCCUGGCUGUGCCAUCCUGUUACAGCCCCCACUACAAAGGGCAGGGUAGCAAGAAAGGUGGCUAUGACCCAAGGCAGAAAGGCAGGGAAAAGAGUGCAGACAAAGACAAUUGCUCUGAGCACAGCUCCAACACCAGCACCAGCAGCUGCACCUGCACCUGCACCUAUGCUGGUCAGAAGGAAGGCAAGUUUUGUGACUACUGCUGUGAAUUCUUCAAGCGCAACUGGCCUUCAGCUGCACCAAGAGGUAGAAAUUAUGAAGGCAUGAGGGAAAAGCUUCGUUUCCGGCUGGCAAAGAGAAAAGAAGAGCAAUCGAAGAAAACAGAUCAGCUCUCUGAACAGGAGAGUGGGGUGGAUCAUCGCACAGUGGAGGACUUGCUGCAGUUCAUAGACAGUUCAGAUACCAAGCCUGUGAGCAGCACACGGGCAGCCAAGAGGGCAAGACAAAAACAAAAGAAGCUGGAGGAGAAAGCUCACCUUGAAGCAGAGGCCAAGGCCCGGGAACAAGAGCACCUCCAAGAGGAGCAGAGGCAACAGGAGCAGAAACAACAGGAGGAAAUGAAGGAGCAGCUUCCAGAGGAGUUUCAGCAGCCCCAAGUUGUGAGAAAGAAGGAGAAACUAAGAAAAGACUUUCCCAAGUUGGACAUGCCUGGUGGAAAUUUCAGGGCAGCAACCAAGUAUGUAUCUGUCUCUGCACACAUACACAGUGGUUCCCUAGAGCAAACUGAAGAACCAAAAACCUCUUCUCACUCACCUUCCAGACACUCAGCCCACACAGGGUCAGGGGCUCAUGGGGAUUCCAAGUUUGUCCUGACAAAGGAGGUUAGUGGGAAGCAGCAGGAGCCCUUCUCUUUUCUCCUAGACACAAAGCAUCACCACAAGGAGGCGACUGGCAAACAAAAGCCAAAACAAGCAUGGAAGGCCAGCAGCGAGCCAAGGAGGAAGCCUGCGGAGUUCUCUGGAGCCGCAGAGGUCCAGCCCAGAUCCCAGACCCAGACUGAGCCAAAGACUAAAGAGCUUGAUCUCACUUCGAUGUCGGAGCAGCAGAGAAAGGAGAGAAAAAUCAACAGAAACAGUAACAAGAAACAGCCGGACCAGGUCAAAGCAGGGAAGGCAAGCUCAGGCCCCACUGAGCCCACCUGCCCUAGUAAGCAGGUAUACCACAGCAAGCAGGUGUUGGCAGACACCCCUCAGCCCAAGGGCAAGAGCAAGAAAAACAGGAAGAAGAAGGGAGACGGAGAUGGAGAUGACACCUCGCUCGAAGAUGUCUUUAUGCCUAAAGACAUUGACCUAGACAACGUGGAGAUGGAUGAGACAGAGAGGGAAGUGGAGUAUUUCAAAAGAUUCUGCUUGGAUUCCACCAGACAGACCCGACAAAGACUGUCCAUAGACUGGUCCAAUUUUAGCUUGAAAAAACCACCUUUUCUGCCCACUGAAUGA